AUGAGCCAGCCAACAGGUGCACCAACUUCGGCAACCGCCUCGGUGCUUGUGGCCUCCGAGCCCAUUCCCGAGGGCACUCAUGAAGUGAGCGGAGUGGAUUUCGACAAGUUCCAGGGCCGCGAUAUCACCGUGGCAGAAAUGGUCGACAAUAUGACCCAUAUGGGUUUCCAAGGCAGUGCUGUUGCGGAAGCUGCUCGCAUCAUUAAUGAUAUGCGUGCCUUCCGCGACCCCGAAACAGGUGCAAAGACUACCAUCUUCCUCGGUUAUACCUCCAACCUCAUCUCCUCCGGUCUACGCGACACUCUCCGUUACCUUGUGAAACAUAACCAUGUCUCGGCCAUUGUUACUACAGCCGGUGGAGUGGAAGAGGACCUGAUCAAGUGUCUGGCGCCAACCUAUAUGGGUUCCUUCGCGACUCCGGGCGCUGGAUUGCGUGCCAAGGGCCUGAACCGUAUUGGCAACUUGGUCGUACCCAAUAACAACUACUGUGCUUUUGAGGAUUGGUUGAUCCCCAUUUUGGAUCGGAUGCUAGAGGAACAAGAGGCUGCUAAGCGCAAGGCGCUGGAGACUGGGGAUGAGGAGGAUGAACUCCACUGGACCCCGAGCCUCAUUACGGAAAGACUCGGUCGGGAGAUCGACAAUGAGGAUUCAGUGCUGUAUUGGGCCGCAAAGAACAAGAUUCCUAUCUUCUGUCCCGCCUUGACUGACGGAUCCCUUGGCGACAUGCUCUAUUUCCACACUUUUAAAACCUCUCCCCAGCGACUCCGAGUGGAUAUCGUGGACGAUGUGCGUCGUAUUAACACCAUGGCCGUGCGAGCCGCACGGGCGGGUAUGAUCAUUCUGGGUGGCGGUGUGGUUAAGCAUCACAUUGCCAAUGCGUGUCUGAUGCGGAACGGUGCCGAGCACGCGGUUUAUGUUAAUACUGCACAAGAGUUCGAUGGCAGCGAUGCCGGAGCCCGACCCGACGAGGCGGUGAGUUGGGGCAAGAUCAAGACUGAUGCUGAAGCCGUCAAAGUCUACGCCGAGGCCACCGUGGCUUUCCCUCUAAUUGUGGCAGCCUCGUUUGCACGAGCAACACCUCCGGCCCCUCCAGCAUCAACCCAGUGA